GCUGAUUGAAUGAUGCGUGUACAAUGUUACGUGCUAACGCAAGGACUUUACGAAUUUGAAAAGAAUUAUAAUAUUUGCAGCUCUGUCUAGAGUCCAGACCAUUCAAAAUUCCUUUUCGCUGGGAUGUUAAUUCCUUGUAUAGGGAUAUUAUUGUUGUAUAAAUAAGAUUGUUAUGAACAAACUUUAUAACAAAUUGUGGUUUCUUUACAUAAUUUGGUAGCUCUGUGUAUAUUCAGUUGUUAAGAAACAAUAGAAAAUUGUAUAUUAGUGGUUUUAUAUGAAAAUAAUUUAUCACAAAGAUAAAUAAUUAAUGUUUCAAGCAGAAUAAUGGAUGAAAAAAGAUUUUCUUAUUUGUUCUCUACCUCUGAACCACUACUUUCUCAAGAUGCAAUUGGUAGGAUAUCUGUACCAAAGGUACCUUUGCAGAAGGAUGAUACAGUUAUUGAAAAUGAUGAUACAGAUUUGCUAUCACAUAGUGAUAUGAGUUGGGAAACUAUGGAGGAUAGAUAUAUGUUAUUUGAAAUUGCAUCUAAUGAUUCUAUAUCAACUACUUCAAAGUCUUCAUCCAAUUCCAAUCUUUCAUUUUCAUUGCUUGAUCAAAUAUCACUUUCAGUAGAUCAAAAAAUAAUACAAUGUGCAACUGAAAACAACUGGAGUAGUUAUGCUCUAGAUAUCAGUUUAUGGGAUGAUGGUAGAGCACCAGUUAUGAAAUUAAGAAAUCUUAAAGAAAUAUCAUUUGAUAAUAUAGAAUUCUGUGGAUAUCUUACUGACAGAUUAAUAGGAGUUGGAAAAUCAUUCUUGACUAAAUCUCCUGAAAAUAGUCUUUAUAUAUUAAGCAAAUGUAUUAUGAGAAAUAUGUCACUAUCAAAUAUUACAAUGUUAAGUUACCACCGUUAUUUACAAUAUAUUGAUCUUGCAUAUAAUUAUAUUACAAAUUUAUCACCUCUGGGAGGAGUUCCCUACUUAAUGUACUUAAAUGUAGCACAUAACAGAAUGAAUAGUAUUUUAAAUUUUUCACCUCCUUGGUAUUUGACAUAUGUAAAUUUAUCAUACAAUUAUAUAUCAAAAAUGCAUGAUAUCAGUGAUUUCUGGAGUAUUGUUCACUUGGAUUUGUCACAUAAUGCAAUUGAAACCAUUACUGGUUUGCAAAAUUUGAAAUAUUUGAAAUAUUUAAAUUUAUCAUAUAACUUAAUUGAGUACAUUGAAAAUUUGGAUAGAUUAAAUAUUCAAGAACUAAAUUUAGAGGGUAACUGUAUACUGUCAUAUAAAUCUGCCAUUCCUGGAUAUGGCAUAAGUACUUUAUCUGAUUUGCGGAAAUUAUAUUUAGGAUACAAUAAAUUAUCUACUUUAGAAUUUUUUAAGGAUGCAUAUAGUUUACGUGUGAUAGAUUUAAAGUUUAAUAGAAUCAAUGAUUUAUUAGAAUUAUUAAAUCUCACUGGUUUAAUACAAGAAGUAGAUUUUAGAGGUAAUAGUUGCACAAAGUGGCCUAAUUAUAAAGCUGUACUUCUAUUUUCCAUACCAAGUAUACAGAUUAUCGAUGGUGUUAAUGUAUCUACUUCAGAAAAGAUUGCUGCAGUUGCUCUAUUUGCACCACCAGUAAAUUUAACAGCUGCUCGCACUAUAACAAAGCUAACUUUAUUAGAGCAAUUAAAUAUUCCUAAAAUUGAUCUUCAUGUAACACCAUAUGAUGAAGUGAGCCCACCUAUAAUAAUACUCACAGGUCCAAGUGCAGUAAGAAAAUUAUCUUUGGCUCUUCACGUGACCCAAACAUUAUCAAAAAAAGUCCAAUAUUGUCAGUGGUAUACAACAAAAAGCUCAGAAGAUGAAAGUGAAAAUCAAUUUUAUAUUUUUGUAGACAGAGAAGAAUUUAAUGAUAUGUCUCGUCAUGGAGAAUUUUUAGCAAUUCAAGAGAGAUUAGGAUACAGCUAUGGAUUUCAUCACAAUCAAAUUACUUCCUUAAAAUUAAGAAAUAAAAUUGGUAUAACACAAACGGAUUUACAUGCAACUAUUCAAAUGCUUAACCGGUACUCCAAUAGUAGAGCAGUUCUUGUGCUCCCAAAAAAUGAAGAAAUCCACCGUGAAUGGAUACAAGAAAGGUUUUAUGUUUAUACAUGUACUAAAGAUAGUAAAGAAAAUUUAUUAUCUGAAGAUAGUUCAGCAAUACUCAUAGGAAGUGAUAUAAAUUUUAUUAAAGAAAUUUUAAAUGAUAUUAUAAGAGAUCUUAAAUUACUUCCCAAAAUUCCACUGGCAACAGAGACUGAUGAUAAAACAAUUUAUAAUGCAUUGGGAAAUGUAACAAUAUUUGAUGAUGAAGCCGUGCAGGGUCCAACAGAAAUAAAAGACAAAACAUCAAAUUAUAUUAAAUUUCAGGAACAAGACAUUAAUUCACAUUUUGAUGAUAAAGGAUUACGAGUAUUGAGUUUACCUAGCACUAGAGGUAUGCAGGAUCUGGAUGGGCAUUUUUUUCGAUACCGGGACCGGUUAUUGAAAUUUUCGGAAUUCUCGAAAUUGACAAGUUUCUCGAGAACGUCCGGGUUUCCCGAAAGUGUUGGGAUUUCCGAAAAUAUUUGGAAUUCUCGAAAAAUCCGAGGGCCCGUUUCAAGAUUCGCUUUAAUGAAUACGAUCGUGGUUUCGAAUUUUUUAUUUUUUAGGUGUUUUCGAAAAUCACAUUAUGAAAUUUAUUUAUUUAAAAUAGAAAAUUGGAACACGGUCUUAUUCAUUAAAGCGGCUCUUGAUACAGGUGAUUUUUUGAGAAUCCCGGAUAUUCUUAGGAAACCCGAUACUUUCAUGAACUCGACCCAAUCCGAUGUGUUUCUGUUUCAUUCCAACUAUCGGGUAAUUUUAGAUGAGCAUUCAAAUGUUAUAGUGGAAGAUGAACAAUUAAGGCGUAAAAGACAUCAAGCAAAACUUUUGCAUCGUCGUAAUACAUUGAUUCGAGGAACAGUGCCUUCAUUUACAGAUGAACUUAGUGAAUCAAGUGAAGAACUAUUAACAAGAAGAUCGCCAGAAAUGGAAAAACCAGAAGAUAUGAAAGAUUUCUAUACCGACUUGAUAUUAAAGUCAAGAAAAAUGUACCUAGAUCAACAUGUGAAUAAGCCUGGAUUUUUUUCUUUGGUGCUACUAUCAGAUGAUUAUUUUAAAGCAUUUAACAAAUUAAUUAAUUUUAUUUAUGAAUUAUAUACAAAUUAUUCUUUUCAAGAACCUAAAUUUUUAGCAGAACUUAAUCAUUUUUCAAAGAUUGCUAUUCCUGCAAUGAUCGAUCCUAUUAUUGAUGAGAUAAAACAAUCUUUAUCAACGCCUAUAUUACAAAGAAGAACUUUGUUGAGAAUGUAUGGUGUUACUUCAUGGAAGGAUUUAAUGCCUAGUCAAAUAAUAGAAGAUUCAACUGAUGUUGUUGAUUAAGUACAAGAUAAAUGUUUAGUUAUAAAACUAGUUAAUCCACUCAUAAUUUAUUUUUUAAAGUUUUAAUUUUACUGGUUAUAUGAUUAUCUUGUACAAUGUAUUUUAUUGAUAACAGUCUGUUUUUAAAUAGUAAUAUAUAUGUUACAAAAAAUGAA